UUUUUUUUUUUCUUUUUUGAGAUGGAGUCUCGCUCUGUCACGCAGGCUGGAGUGCAGGGGCCUAAUCUCGCCUCACUGCAAUGUCCACCUCCUGGGUUCAAGCGAUUCUCCUGCCUCAACCUCCUGAGUAGCUGGGAUUACAGGUGUGCACCACCACACCCAGCUAAUUUUUAUAUUUUUAGUAGAGACAGGGUUUCACCAUGUUGGCCAGGCUAGUGUCAAACUCCUGGCCUCAAGUGACCCACCCGCCUCAGCCUCCCAAAGUGCUGGGAUUACAGGCAUGAGCCACCACACCUGGCCACCUCCAGCUCUCCCUAAUGCAUUUUCAAAUUUUAGAACGACUAUGGUUUGCAUGUGUCCUCCACGUGUUAGAGACUUGAUUCCCCAAUGCAACAGCAGUGAGUGGUGGGAUCUUUAGUGAUUAGGCCAUGAAGACUCUUUUCUCAUGAAUGAAUUAAUGCCAGUAGAGUGGGAAUAGGUUGACACGAUGAGUUCAGCCCCCUUCCCUCUCUCUCUUACCCAUGUGAUGCCUUCUGCCAUGUUAUGACACAGCAAGAAGACCCUCACCAGAUACAGGCACAUUGAUCUGGGACUUCCCAGCCUCCAGAACCACCAGGAAAUAAAUUUCUGUUCUUUAUAAAUUAACCAGACUGUUCUUUAUAAAUUAAACUUAGAUCAGUACUUGUCUUAGUUUGUUUUGUGCUGCUAUUAUGAAACAUAAAAUAUGAAAUAGCAGCACAAAACAAAGACAAGAACUGAUCCAAGUUUAAAUACCGAUUUAAAUGUCCAAAAGUUCCAUUCACCAUCUUUUCCAGUUCUCACUCUCCAUUUUUCUGGCAUUGGGGCCUCUUCUACUAUCUCUACAUCUAUAACUACUACUAACAAUAACAGCAACAGCUGCCAUUUAUUAUAUUAAGCAUUUAUAAGACAGGCAUUGUGUUAAUCACUGUGCACAUAGUACCUUUGUGUUAAUCACUAUGCACAUGUAUAAUCUCCACAACAAUUCUUUAAUUUAGAUAAGAAGCCUAGGCUUAGAGAAGUUAAAUAACUUGCCAAAGGUCAGCCAACCAAUAAACAGCAUAACAGAGAUCUGACCUGCCAUCUUCCUAACUCCAAAGUCCGCUAAGUUAACUACUAUACUAACAUGCCUCCUAGAAGGUCGCUACUCCCAUAGCCUCAGCGGACAUCUAUAUUACAGUUGUCCCUAACCAUCUCAUAAACUCUGAAGCAGCAUUUCCAGUUACUUAGUGGAUCUCUCUUUUUAAACUCCCCACAGAAACCUCAGAAUUAACACUGCCAUUAUUUCUCCUCUCCACUUCAAACCUGUUCCUCUUCCUGUGAUUUCUAACUUAAUGUCAUCACAAGCAAACAGCUGCUCAAACUAGACAUAUUAUCUUUGACUUCUCACUCUCCCCUACCUCUAGCUGGUCAUAAAUGUAGAGAUUUUAACAUCUAAAAAUGUCUCCAAAAUCUAUCCAUUCCCAUUGUCCAACAUUUCUCACCUACAUUCUAGUCUCCCUGCCUCUCUACCCUAAUGCAAUUUGCACACGAACUGUCAACUUUCUGAUUAUUCUACCUUCUAUGGCUCUCCACUGCCAAUGGAUGGGAGGACUCUAGACUUUUUAGGAUGAAGUAGAAGACCCCCUCAUAAUUUGGCUCCAAAAAUAGCUUCCUGCUCAUCACUUCCGCCAUGCAAUAAGAAGUGAUUAGGCCCUCAUGAAUGGAUUAAUGCCAUUAUAGCAGGAAUGGGUUCAUUAUCUCAGGAAUGGGUUCUUGAGAUGAGUUCAGCCCUCUCCCCUCUCUCUUGCCCACAAGAAACAACUCAAGAUAUUUCCAAAAGUGCCAUUUAAUUUUAAUCUUCAGCAACUUUGCUUAUGCUGGCCCCUGGAAUGCUCUCUUCCCCCUCUACAUGUGGCAAAAUUUUAUUUAACCCUCAGAGCUAAGCUCCAUCCCCUUCUUUUCAACAUGUUCCCCAUCAAUUUUUUCUCCAGCCAAAGCGCUCUACUCCCCCAGCACAUUAUUCAUUCCAAAAGUGAUUAAUUUGUCACAGCAUAUAAUGGUUAGUGGUUUAUCUCUUCUGAUGAACACUUAGUAUGCUGAGAAUAUACUGUGUCUUAACUUCUUUGUCUUCCCAGCACCCAACAAAGUGUCUCACCAUAACCAGCACCCAGUAAGUAUUUGCUGAGUUGUUAAAUAAUGCAACAUUUGCAGUUGUAACAUUACACAUCUUGGUUAGCAAUUCAACUUCAGGUUUACACACCACUCAAAAGAAUUUUCACAUAACAGAAGAUGUUAUAAAUAAAGACCAAGGGUUCAAUAUUCAGCAGCAGUGUCUUUAAUUAUUCUGAAAUCUCUUUGGUCAGUAUUUUUAAGCAUCGUUCAUCAGAAAGACUCCUUUCCCAACUAACAUUUGUAUAUUUUACAGGAUCAGCAGUAAAGACAAACCUCAGAGAGAUAAUCCCAAGCAAAACUAUGUCACUGAGGGUGACUGGAUGACUACUGGUACAUCAUUUCAGUAAAUUUCCAGUACAACGGCCCAAGUACAUCAGGUAGAUUUUAGAUAAUGAGACAUGCACCACUGACUACCUAAAAUACAUGCACAUUAGUGAGGCAUCGAUUCCAAUUAGUGAUUGAAAUCAAAAGUAUAUUAACAACCUGAUAUUGGUUCAAGCGUAAUAUCCUUUACUUUCAAGUAAGGAUAACACUUAUUCUUGUCAAAGACUGUACUCUGAUUAAUACAACCUCUAUCCCACCUUACAAGAAGGCUCUAUCUUAACAGUGGGAUGCUGAUAAGCCCGCCUUAGUCCUUAACACUUUGCCUUCUCAACCUGCUAAGCCAUCUCUCUCCAGUAUUUCCCUAUGAAAGACGUUCCGCUCCAGUUAUCAGACAUAAAAGUCGUCUUGGUAUAUCCUCCAACAACCAAAUUCACAUUAUUAUUUUCUCAGCCCCUGGUUUAUUUCUUAACAAAUUUUAACUUCUUUCAGAGACCAAGUCAAAUCUUGCCUCUUUCAAAGAGUUCCCUAACUCAGCCUACACAUCCUAUCUUUUCUGAUUUUCUACCACAUUUAUAGUCCUCAAACAGCACUGGUUACAUGCUAUUUAACUUGGUUUUAUAAUUAUUUUAUACAUCUCCUAGCUAGACUACUGCUCUCAAAGGAAGAAAAAAGACAGGUCUUCUGUGUCAUUUUUCACUCCAUAAUCCUCCUCCCACACCUAUCAUGAUGCUGGGCAGAGGGAGGCACAUGUACUAAGUACCUGAUGGACUGAACUAAAUGCUUUCUAUACAUAGAUACACCACUUGAGCAUAGCGUGCUAUAUAACAAAUAUCCAUUGCAUGACUACUCUGUGGCAAAUACAUUUUUCCUAUGUGUUAGACAUAGGGCAAGGAGGAAAACACGGGUGACUCCUGUCCUAAAAGCUAUUAUAGCGGAGGGAGGAAGACACUUUGAAUUCCGAGUAAUCUAAUAAGUGUUACAAAGCAAGGUUAUUACUGGUUCCAAGAGGUAACAUACUUUACAGAUCCUCAGUUAUGAAACGGAAUCAUAGAAUUUUAGACCUAAAUGAGAACCUUGAACUUAUUUUCCUCUAUCCUCUUACACAAAACAUUAGAUUUCAGUACAGUCUAUCUUUUCACUGGUUCUACACAUUGCCUUAAUCAACAGAAAGAAAAGACUGUCUUCUUCCCUGUCUCCAAUACUCCUCGCUCUCAAGUAUGGUAACCACAACCCCUACACAUCUACCCAUGAUAGAGUCCAGAGCACUGAGAAGAGAGCACCGGGCUGAGGAUGAGCUACACCUUUACACGCUGGGUUCUCCCAUCAUCAACACUUUCCAGCCCACACAGUGAACAGAAUCCGUAUUUUCUGUCCAGAAAAUAGCAGCCUGUACUGCCUUUAGGAAAAACAAACAAAACAUGCUUCCAUACUUCCUUGGACCUACUAAUGACAAAAACACAACACGGUUCUGGGAAAUAUAGCAAGAUAAUUGAGUCUAUGAGGAAGUAACAAAUGAGGAUGCCUAUCAGCACCUUGGUCUCAAAAUCUGUAGCAACAAUGUACUAAAACGCCAAGGAAACACAUGCACAUACAUGUGAAGUUAGAAACUCUAGGCAACAGGUUGGUUGCCCCGGAUCUAUACUGACAGGUCGCCCUCCCUAGGUCGUGGGUGUGUCUGAUGCCGCACGCAGGCACUGAUUCACAACUGUCUCCAUAACAACCAGCUCCUACUCAGAGGCUGGCCAGGGCAGGGGAGAUGAGGGCCCCAGCAGUCCCAAACUUUCCAAACCCCCACCCCAGGUUCCCGGGUUUCGCGGCCUCAGUCUCAGGCAACGUCGUCUCAGACAGGAUACGAGACUGCUAGAGAAUCUGGGCUGCUCCUGAUUCGAACUCCUCUCUUUGGGAGGCUGGUAGAGCCACCCCGGCUCCCCGAGACGUCUACUUCCCACUACACCUUCGUGGACUGCGAAAGGGACGGUUACCGCUCUCCAGAGCACCCGGGCCCAGGAAAUGACCCUCGUCAGGCCCCGUCCCAGCUCCUCCCCCGCCCCCGGAAAAAGCGGCGGAGGGGCGGGGAGCGGUGCGCGCGGAGACGGCGGGGGCGCGCGUCCCCGCGCCUGGGGCCUGCGCAGCAGGUGCGGCCAGGCCCCACAUCCCCUGCAAGGACCCGGCUACUCACCCCAGCGAUGUUCCUCUGAGACCAAGCAGCGACACAGAUGCCUCUUCCGCCCGCUCCGCACCCCCCUCUUCGCCACCACCCCCUUGGCCGCAGCCGUGGCCGCCGUCCUCGACGCCGCCCCGGCUGCCGCGGCGCGCGUCCGCUUUCACGCACUCCACCGUGGCCGCGCACGCGCCACUGCGCGCUGGCGUCACUUAGCAACCGAUCGACAGCUGGUUGCUGCGUCCGGGGAUGCAGGCCCAGAAAGUCGCCUAAGGCGGCUUCUGCGGCUUUUUCGCACCGACCCGACCUUCUGCCCCUCCAGAGCAGAGGACCCCAGGGUGUGGCUGCCCUGCCGGCACCUGGCUCCGGAUCAGCUAAGAUCCCUGUGCUUCAACUGUGGAACACUCUGGAGUCCAGGUGGGAAGGGCAGUGGCUCACUGGAGCAUGGUUUUCUUAUGGUGACGGCAGCAGCGCAGGAGCACAAGCCUGACCACAGAAACAUGUCGGGUCUCUGCCCAGGUCACAUCUGCUAACAUCCUCAGAUCCUACCACUCUCUUUCUCACUCACUCCACUAUAAUUGCUUUGGCCUCUUUGCUCUUCCCACUGCUCUUCCUGUGCCACCACGCCGGCUGAUUUUUUUUUUUUUUUUUUUGUAUUUUUAGUAGAGACAGAGUGCCCUCCCCUAGCAUAUUCAUUCCCAUGGCUCACUACCUCACUUCAGGUUUCAGCGUCAAUGUCUUUUGUCAAUGAGGUCUUUUCCAACCAACCUGUAUAAAAUAGCAACUUGACCUGUAUUCCACCUUUCUCCAUAGCAGCAACUAUCAACAUGCAACUUAUAUGUACACCCAUACAUGUAUACUUGUUUAUUUAUUUAUUGGCUUCUCCACUAGAAUGUAAGCUCUGUGAAUUUAGCACUUUGAUUUGCUCACUGCUGUUUCCCCACCACCUUUAGCAGUAACUGGCAAAUAGUAGAACCUAAAUAAAAAUGUAUUAAAUGAAGAAGUGAGAAACCAUUUAAUACCAAUCAGAUUGCAAAAAAGUAAAGUUUGAUCCCUCCUGUUGUUACGUUUGUGGAGCAACUUAACUCUUCAACACUGCUAGUAGACAUGUAUAGUACGAUAGUAUAAUCAGUGUUUCAGAGACUGCUCAUUUACUUCCAAUAUCAGUUCUCCCUUUCUUCCUUAGUAAUAGAAUCCACUAUUUUUUGUGGAGCAUUUAGCCACCCAGAAUAAAGAUGACACAUCCCAGUUUCUUGCAGCUAUGUGAUCAGGUGACUAAGUGCUGGCCAACAGUAUAUACUUGGAAGUCUUUCUUCUCCUCUUCUCCCUUCUUGCUGGCUGGAAUGCGUAUGUGAUGAGUGAAGUUUGAACAUCCAUAUUGCACUACAAGAUGAAGGCCACAUGCUAAAAAUGGUGGAGCAGCAGGACGGAAGUCUCCUGUAUCCCUGACGAUUUUGUGAAGCCACCACUCCACCCUUUCACUGCCUAGCUCUGGAUUUAUUUUAUGUAAGUGAGAAAUGUUCUGCUAUUUUUAAACCUGCUGUUAUUUUGGGCUUAAUAGCACUUGCAACUAAACCUAAUCUUAAUAGAUAAAUUACUUUGGAGAAUAAUUUGACAUAUCUAAUGAAGUUGAAGAUGGCAUGUGCCAGGACCCAGAAAUUUCACUCCUAGGUGUAACUCCUAGAUGUAACCUUAGAAAUAGUUCUCCCAGCUGGGCACAGUGGCUCACACCUGUAAUCCCAGCACUAUGGGAGGCUGAGGCAGGUGGAUCACCUGAGGUCGGGAGUUCGAGACCAGCCUGACCAACAUGGAGAAACCCCAUCUCUACUAAAAAUACAAAAUUAGCUGGGCGUGGUGGUGCAUGCCUGUAAUCCCAGCUACUCGGGAGGCUGAGGCCAGAGAAUCACUUGAACCCAGGAGGUGGAGGUUGUGGGGUGAGCCGAGAUCACACCAUUGCACUUCAGCCUGGGCAACAAGAGUGAAACUCCUUCUCAAAAAAAGAAAAAAAAUAGUUCUACCAUAUCUAUUCAUGGAGACAUGUACAAGCAUAUUCAUAGUGGUGUUGCUUCUAAUAAGAAAAAUAUGAAAGGCCAGGUGCAGUGGCUCACGCCUGUAAUCCCAACACUUUGGGAGGCCAAGGCAGGCAGAUUACCUGAGGUCAGGAGUUCGAGACCAGCCUGGCCAACAUGAUGAAACCCCAUCUCUACUAAAAAUACAAAAAUUAGCCGGGCGUGGUGGCACAUGCUUGUAAUCCCAGCUACUCGGGAGGCUGAGGCAGGAGAAUUGCUUGAGCUUGGGAGACGGAGGUUGCAGUGAGGCAAGAUUAUGCCACUGCACUCCAGCCUGGCCGAAAGCACGAGACUCUGUCUCAAAAAAAAAAAAAAAGAAAGUCUUUAAUGUCUAGAAACAGAAGAAUGGAUAAAUAGUGGUAUUUGCAAAACAAAUAUUUACAAAAUAAAACAGUAUACAACAGGGGAUAUGAAUUAACUAGCAUAUACAUGACACAGAUUAGCUGUAUAUUAUAUUUUUGCAUACUUUUUUUAAAAAGCAAAAGAAUAUUAUAUAUUGCUAAGAAGAGAACACUCUUCAUCUUGCUCCUAACCGAAAGUGUUCCUCUUGGCUGGGCGCUGUGGCUCACGCCUGUUAUCCUAGCUCUUCAGGAGGCUGAGGUGGGCUGAUCGCUUGAGUCCAGGAGUUUGAGACCAGCCUGGGCAAUAUGGUGAAACCUCACCUUUACUAAAAAGACAAAACAUUAGCCAGGUAUGGUGGCAUGUGCCUGUACUCCCAGAUACUGGGGAGGCUGAGGUGGGAGGAUCACCUGAAUUUGGGAAGUCAAGGCUGCAGUGAGCAGAGAUUAUGCCACUGUACUCCAGCCUGGACGACGAGAGUGAGACCCUGUCUCAAAAAAACAAAACAAAACAAAAGUGUUCCUCCUACUCGUUUUUUUUCCCCCCCAUUUAUAAUUGUUUCCUUAAAACAGGAUCUCACUCUGUCGCCCAGACUGGAGUGCAGUGGCACGAUUUCGGCUCACAUCCACCUCCACCUCCGAGGCUCAAGUGAUUCUCCUGCCUCAGCCUCCCAAGUAGCUGGGAUUACAGGCAUGCACCCCUACCACCUGGCUAAUUUUUAUAUUUUUAGUAGAGACAGAGUUUCACCAUGUUGGCCAGGCUGAUCUUAAACUCCUGACCUCAAAUGAUUCACCCGACUCGGCCUCCCAAAGUGCUAGGAUAACAGGCGUGAGCCACCGCACCUGAUCAACCUUUUGUUUUUAAUUGAAGUCUAACAUAUAUACAGUAAAGUGUACAAAUAAUCAUUAUGCAGCUUCUUGGAUUUUCACAAAGCAAGCCCAGGUCAAGAAAUAGAACAUCACCAGCACCCCAGAUAGCCCCUAUUAUUAUUAUUUUUUUUAUUUUUAUUUUUACUUGUUGAGACAGGGUCUUGCUAUGUCACCCAGGCUGGAGUGCAUUGAUGUGAUCAUGGCUCACUGCAGGCUUAACCUCUCAGGCCCAAGUAAUCCUCCCAUCGCAGCCUCCCAAGUAGCUAGGACCACAGGCAUACACCACCAAGCCCAGCUAAUUUUUAAAUUUUCUUGUAGAGAUGAGGUCUCACUGUGUUGCCCAGGCUGGUCUCCAACUCCUGGGCUCAAGGGGUUCUCCUGCCUCGGCCUUGCAAACUGCUAAGAUUACAGCCAUGAACCGCUGCAUCUGGCCUUACCAGGUAGCCCCUGUGAUACUGAAGAAAAGGAUUUUGUUCAGUCACUGGAGGAGAAUCGUUCUCUCUGUGUCUCCUGCCAGAUGAAAAUUAAGAAGCAUCUAUCCUAAUUGUAACUAAUAGCCAUCCUCAAACCAAGAGGAAUACCAGCUGUAGGAUGAAAAGAACAAUACUGGAGUUCAGAGUAAGGAGACAGAAAGAGCCUGACACCUUUUGAUGACAUUAUUGUUUGAACUGUGUCAACCAAAACUGAAAUGUACUUUCCCUCUGUACCCCAAUUACAUGAGCUUUUAAUUUCAUUAUUAAAUCUGAUUGAAUUGAUUUUUCUGUUUCUUGCAGCCAAAAGCAUUCAAUCUGAUACAAGCAGGUUAAAAUCUAUCAUUAUUUUAUUUCAUUGAUUUAGGUCAGAACUUGAAAUAGCUAACAUGUCUUUCUUUUUAAUUUUA